AUGGAUAUUGCCCAGGUGGAUGACAUCAUAGAACGGCUGCUAGAGGUCAGGAAUGGCAGGCCGGGCAAGCAGGUUCAGCUGGCGGAGAACGAAAUACGGCUGCUGUGUUUGACCGCCAAGGAGAUCUUUAUGAGCCAACCGAACCUCCUUGAGCUCGAGGCGCCCAUCAAGAUAUGCGGCGAUAUACACGGGCAGUACUCGGACCUGCUGCGGCUUUUUGAGUAUGGAGGCUUUCCGCCGGAGGCAAACUACCUGUUCUUGGGGGACUACGUGGACCGCGGGAAGCAGAGCUUGGAGACAAUCUGCCUGCUGCUGGCGUUCAAGAUCAAGUACCCCGAGAACUUCUUUCUUUUGAGAGGCAACCACGAGUGUGCCUCCAUCAAUCGCAUCUACGGCUUCUAUGACGAGUGCAAGCGGCGGUACAACAUCCGGUUGUGGCGGACGUUCACAGACUGCUUCAACUGCCUGCCAGUCUCGGCGCUGAUCGACGAGAAGAUCCUGUGCAUGCACGGCGGCCUGAGCCCUGAGCUCAAGAGCCUGGAGCAGAUCAAGCGGGUGGCGCGCCCAACGGACGUGCCGGACAGCGGCCUGCUGUGCGACCUGCUGUGGGCGGACCCGGACAAGGACAUCCAGGGCUGGGGCGAGAACGACCGGGGUGUCAGCUACACGUUUGGGUCGGACUGCGUGACGGACUUCUUGCAGAAGCACGACUUGGACCUCGUCUGCCGCGCCCACCAGGUGGUGGAGGAGGGCUACGAGUUCUUCGCCAAGCGGCAGCUGGUCACCAUCUUCAGCGCACCCAAUUACUGCGGCGAGUUUGAAAACGCGGGCGCCAUGAUGAGCGUCGACGAGACACUCAUGUGCUCGUUCCAGAUCCUCAAGCCGGCUGAGAAGAAGCAGAAAGCUGUCUACGGCGGCGGCUACUGA